CAAGCAUCUUUGUCCUGAUGCGCUCAGUGGUUGCCUCUGCAUUGUGGAAACCUUUACUCGCUCUCUUUAUUGUUUCAGUCACACUUACUCUGAGAUUGGCUAUGUCAGAUCAAAGACCGCUGGACCACUGCACAGCUCACAGUUUAACUUCUGAGGAACUGAUGGUCUCAUAAAGGGAAUCCCUUGGUACUGCAUGCAGACUCUUGGUCUUGUUGUGACAGCGCAGCUCUGAUCAAAUGAAAGCUUCACUCGGUCUUUAUCUGUAGCUGUUGCAGAGCGUCCCUCUUUGACACCCAAUGCCUGACUGCGCAUAAGUGGAGGGGAGCAGAGAGAGGGAGGAGAGAAGAGAAAAACAGCAGGAGGAGGGUGAGAUCUAGCCAGACUAUGUUGAAGAGCCACAGGCUGCGCACAGCAAAUUGCUCUGGAGUUAGAGAGGAUGAGAGGAGGAAGAUCGAGAUUAUUGCUGCAGAGAUUUCAGAGGUGAGGGCAAGUGGAAACUUAUUGGCAUCUUUGGCGUCGAUACUGGGAUGAGAAUUGAGUGAUUUCAAUCUACAGGAGGCGCAAGACUGCUACUGUGGUUGAGUGCCGUGCUUCUAAUCCUUCAGAAAGAGGUCAUUUUUUUUCUAGGUAAACUUACUUUCAAACACUUUACAUUUUACAGCCCACGUCGAUUUAUGUGGGAGGAAGAGAUCUGAGGACCGGAUCGGAUUUGAGAUUUUGAGGCUUCAAAGAAUUCUUCUACUGCAAUUUUUUCUGAGAAACACAUGCAUACGUGAACCCCACGCACUUACUGUUCAACGCAAUCUGGAGUGAUGAACCUCAUAGGAGAAGCAUGUCAGUUGUAGCCUCAGAUGCGGCGCUCUGAGGAAUAAUGAUGGGAAGAAAUUCACUUCUGGCAUAAAAUGAGAAAUUUAUCACAGCCGAUCAUUUCUGACCCACUCUUUCGGAGAGCGUGUGGCUUAUUUCUCCGUUCCCUCUCGCUUUAGAAGCUGUGAGACUCCUCUUUGGAAAAUUCGAGCUGGUGGUUGUGCUUACAGAUCUGAAAUAUUUAAGACUCUGGCUGUGAAAGAUGCAAUUAACUGUUAAUGAAAACCGAAACGGAUGUGAUCAGUAUGCACAUGUUGCCUACAUUUACUCUGAAAACUGUGGGAGUGAGUUAAGACGAGAGGACCAAUGACUGACAACGGUACCAGGCUUGCUAAGUACCCCGGAGUACAACCUGUGCAUUAGGUUGUCUUCAGCCUUGGGCUGAAUUUAGAAACAAUCUUGAUCUUUUUUUUCCUCCCAUCACGCCUCAUUGAGGAACAGGUUGCUGUGCUAUUAAGCAGAUUAACUACUGUUUCCAGGACUGCGGUUCCUUUGGGAUGAACAGUUAAGCAACGCAUAUGGGUCUACAAAACUUGCUUUGAUCAAACAUUCAACCACCCAUCAUUAUUACCUUGUUCCUCAUAAUCAACAUGGUCCCUCCACCCCCUUCCAACAAGCCACACGUUUGCCUUUCGUGUGUUCUCAUAAUGAGUAGCAUGGCGCUGCUGGACGCCUACCUUGUGGAGCAAAAUCAAGGUCCUCGGAAGGUGGGCGUCUGCAUCAUGGUGAUGGUAGGCGACGUGUGCUUCCUCAUCGUGCUGAGGUACAUUGCCGUAUGGGUUGGGGCCGAGGUACGAACUGCUAAACGUGGCUACGCCAUGAUCCUCUGGUUCUUCUACGUCUUUGUGCUCGAGAUCAAGGUCUACUUUGUCUAUCAGAACUACAAAGCGGAAGGCGAGAGAGCGGAAGCUCUUACAUGCAAGGCUUUCACGGUGCUGCUUUCCGUGUUCGUGCCGGGACUUUACGUUACGCUGGCAGCCAUCGACCACAUGGAAUACGUUCGGCCUAUCAAGAAGAGAGAGGAGCUGAGGAGUCGACUAUUUUGGGUCGUGGUGGACCUUCUCGACAUCUUGGACAUUCAGGCCAGUCUAUGGGAGCCUCAGAGAAAAGGGCUCCCCCUAUGGGUGGAGGGCCUUACUUUUUUCUACUGCUACAUACUACUACUGAUACUGCCGUGUGUGUCGCUAAGCGAAAUAAGCAUGCAAGGUGUGAAUAUUGUCCCGCACAAGAUGUUGUUGUAUCCUAUUCUCAGUUUGGUCGCCAUCAACUUUAUUACGAUUUUUAUACGGGGAGGGAAUAUGGUGCUUUAUAGGGAUGUCCGUGUGUCUGGAAUACUCAUGGGCAAGAACGUCCUCGCCAUUGUCCUGAAGACGUGCAGCUUCGUGCAGUACCGGAGACACCUGCAGGAGGUGCCGACAGCCGCUCUCGCUCCGGAGCUACAGAGGGAUGCAGUGCCACAAAGUUCUCGAAGGGCAGUGCCAGUCGCAAUGCCAAUGUCCGUCACCAUGCCAACUCCGCAGGUAGUCAUACAAGAUCUCACCACGCUUCCAGAAGAACCCGAACUUGAGGAGACAUGACAAAAGGUGGAAUUAGACGAGUUUGCACGGAGGAUAUUUGGACAACGCACAACAUGAACUGCUAUGAGAUUUUUUUAAAUUAAGUUAAUCCGGGUGUACACUGUCUGAUUAUUACUGUACUUUACCAUGGAUUCAAAUCAGAUUGUACGACAUGGUAUUACUAAGACUGUGCAGCCCAUACCACAGACGUUUAGCUAGACUUUGAUCGAAAUUGACAGCACCACAGUGUAAAAAGACAUCGUAAUAAUGAUUUUCAUCUUGUUUUCCAGUAGAAAUGGCAAAUUUUCUUUCAAACAAGAUACAUUUACACUUAAGGCCAGGGCCAUA